AUGGCUUACAAAGGAGAUGAAAUGUGGUCUGAGGGACGAUAUGACUAUGAAAGACUUCCAAGAGAAAGAGUACCUCCUCGAAGUCACCCCAGUGAUGAAUCUGGCUAUAGGUGGACAAGAGAUGAUCAUUCUGCAAGCCGACAGCCUGAAUACAGGGACAUGAGAGACAGCUUUAGAAGAAGCGGUUUCUACUCCUCCCAUUAUGUGAGAGACCGGUCUCCUCAUAAAAGAGACACUCCUUUUUUCAGAGAAUCGCCUAUAGGCCGAAAGGAUUCUCCACACAGCAGAUCUGACUCCAGUGUCAACAGUAGGAGUUACUCUCCAGAAAGAAGCAAAACUUAUUCCUUCCAUCAGUCUCAACACAGAAUAUUGAUUGGAGCCAAAUAA